CAAAUUCCGAUUGAUUACAGUAACUUUUACAUCAACGAUCGCCUGUUUUUUUUUUUUUUUUCUGGUAGAAGCCAGAAAUCGUCGGAGAAACCAAUGACAAUGAUGACCAAUGCCGGAGGAGUAGGGCCCUUUGGCGACACUACGUUGACCAAAGUCUUCGUCGGAGGAUUAGCAUGGGAGACUCCCAAGGAGGCCAUGAGAGAUCACUUCGAGAAAUACGGCGACAUUCUCGAAGCUGUCAUUAUCUCCGACAAAACAACCGGCCGAUCCAAAGGCUAUGGCUUCGUGACAUUCAAGGAGCCGGAAUCCGCUAAGAAAGCUUGCGAGGAUCCGACGCCGGUGAUUAACGGCCGCCGUGCGAACUGUAACCUCGCUUCCCUCGGCGCACGCCGCCCGAGAUCGCUAACGGUUGUGCCACCGCCGCCGCCACCACCACAGCCGCAGCAGCAAACCGGGCCUAAUAUAAUUGUGGGACCAAGAUCUGCCGGGGCGAUCACACCACCUCCGAGCCACGUGCAGUGGUACUACCCACCAACGCCUACACCGGCAUCGCCGUACCACCACCACCACCACCAGGCCGCCGUUCCUUAUUACGGAUAUGCUCCGGCGACAUACGUCGCCACAACUGAUGUCAGUUACAAUCAUAAAUUAGGGUAUACAGGUGGGGCCUACAUGAAUGGAGGGCACUACUCGCAUGUGUAUCCCAGUCAGGCUACGGUGGGUGCGCACACAUUGAUGCCAAUGUACCCUAUGAGUAUGUAUCAAUACCAUCAUCAAUCACAGGCAAUGGGCCUACCGGCCCAAUUCUUUUGUGCCCCGACAUCCACUGGCCCAAUUACUGCUGUUCCUGCUAUUCUUUCAAAGCCCACUCCAACUCCAGUUUGUUUGGCUGUUGAAUAGGUACAGUUGGGGGAAGAAAAGGAAGCUUUGGGAAAGUUGGCUAAAAGUGGCAAAUAACAAAAAAGGAGGGGGUGGAGUGGCUUGUCAGAACAACCUUAUUUUAUUUGAUCUGCAAUGCAAUGACUGCUUCUUCUUUUCUUUCCCUUUUUUAUUUCCUCUAAUUUACAUGAUUUUUUAUAUUUAAUUUUUAUAUUAUUAUUAAUAUUAAUUCUCUUCUCAUUAGGCAUAUCUAAUUAGAUUCAUUCGUUCGUCAUCUCUUUUAAUCUCCAUCUAACUUAUUGUAAUGGUAAACCAGUUAAAACUUUAUCGUAUUUUUUUUAUAUGGGGCAUUGUUAUGUUUACUGUUUUGAUGUUCAUUAAAUUUUCUGUAUACAAGAAGAAUACA